AUGCUGUCUGGGACAUGGCGGCGCUCAAUGGGGCAUCAGCAGCCUGCUGUGGCGCCCGCGGUGAACUCCAGGGGGGUGACGCUGUGCGGCGUGCCCAGCGGCACGGUGGUUCUCGAGGCCCAAUAUGAUUACAACUAUCGUGGUGCUGAUGGAAGGCAGGUUUGCAUCCGAGAAGGCGAACGCUUUAUACUCCUUAAGAAGACCAACGCCGACUGGUGGCAGGUACGGAGGAUAGGGGCUGCAAGUAAAACCAAGCCGCUGUACGUGCCGGCCACAUACGUGACCGAGGUUCCUGUGGCGCCCAUGCCCUCCCAUCAACACCUCAUCAUUUCGGCGUCGCUCAACUCCAACGUCCGCAUCUUGCCUCGAGUGGCGCUCGCGCCGAGCCCCACGGGGGUUGCCUAUCACGAACAGCGCCAAGCGAGUAAACCCAUCUACCGCUCCAUGGAGAACCUCAGCUCCAACAGUGCCUUCAGAGGUCUUAACACCAUCGGCAACCAGAGUGGCGUCCGUCUCUCCACCGUUGCACUCAACACCUCCUCCCUCCGGUCAGGCCACCUUGUGGUGCCCGGAGACGCACCCGGCUCACAAUGCAAUUCCAGAGUAGUCCCCAUGAUCACUCGCAGUCAGAGCCAGAGCAACCUGGCGGACAAUGUGGUGGAGAACCCUUACGAUGAGGUGGGCGGGAGCUUCAGCAGCCACGUCAACUACCGGCUUCCAAAGAAGUCUUGCAGCCAAUGGGACAUGGUGGGAUCUGCUGGCAAGAACAACCAUUUGCAGAGAAUCAAUCAUGUCAGGAAUGACGUCAGGGCAUCCCAGAAUUACAUCAGAGUCCGCACAAGUCAUCUCCCUACCAACAUUGUGCGCUUAAUCCCAGUUCCGACCGAGUCCUAUCUGUCCCAACUGUCCUGGCAGGAGUCACCUCUCUACCAUCAACCACAGGUAGACAGGCGUGCUUCGCAAAUGGAGCCCCCGAGUCCCAAUCCCGGCCAGCAGCCUGAGCAGGUCAUGGACUUGUGGGAGCAAUACGUGGACCCGUCUACACUGAGAAGCUACUACGUCAACAGCAUCACCAAGGAGAGAUCUUGGAAGCCUCCUCGGAGAGCCCGCGGAGGCACCGGCGCCAACAAACAGGUCAUUCCAACGCACCGGUUACCAAGAGAAACAAGUCAUCUGACGCUGCCCCUUUCUGCAACUGGCAACGGUACAGUGCACAGGCUCUCACCAGAUUUCCUCUUUGGAAGCCACCAGAGGAACAUUGAUGGCAGCUGGCGGAUGAAACAGAGCAUGCAGCGCGCCGCGUCCUCCGACACCAUUUGCACCAUGGCGCUCGGCAACGCCGGCCAGCCGUAUCACGACGCUGCCCCACUGCAUGAUGUUAAGCAACAGCUCUCACACUCGCAGUCCAUGAUCCUGCCCGAGAACGGCAAGAUCGUCCAGCAGUGCCGAGACUACUCGUGCAACGUGACCAACAUCGUGGUGGAGCCGCCGUCUCCAGAGAGUUCUCCAGACGGCGAUGGCGACACUCCGGAGUUGGAAAAAGCUGGCCUCUUGAAUAAGACCAAGAUCGCAGAAGGAGGUCGCAAACUCAGAAAAAACUGGAGUCCAUCCUGGGUGGUGUUGGUCGGCAACAGUUUGGUUUUCUUCAAAGAUCCCAAAUCGCAGACGCCUUCCAGCUGGAAACCAGGAAACAGUCGCCCGGAAAGUAGCGUUGACCUAAGAGGAGCCAAACUACACUGGGCCAAUGAGCUGUCCAGCAAGAAGAACGUGUUCAAGCUAAGGACCGUGACGGGCAACGAAUUCCUGCUACAGUCGGAGACGGACUCUCUGAUCAAGGAAUGGUAUCACACUAUCCAGAACGUCAUUGACAGACUGGACCGUGAAAACCCGUUAGAUAACGUCCUGCUGUACUCCCUGAGAAGGGCGGGUAGCGUGGAGAUGCUGGACCACAGCGGCGACGAGGAUGACAGGAGAGGGUCUCUCCCUCGCUCGGCGUCCAACCUGGAGAACACAGAGAAGAAGAGGGUGAAAACCCGGCUGAAGAAGCUCAUUCUCAAGCGACCUCCUCUGCAGGCCCUGCAGGAGAAGGGCCUCAUUAAAGAUCAGGUGUUCGGCUGUCGUCUGGAGAUGCUGUGCGAGCGGGAGAAGAGCACAGUGCCUCGCUUCGUCAGGCUUUGCACCGAGACGGUGGAGAAGAGAGGCUUGGACACUGACGGCAUCUACAGAGUUUCUGGGAACCUGGCGGUCAUUCAGAAAUUACGCUACCUGGUCAACCAUGAGCGAGCUGUGACCACUGAUGGCCGUUACAUGUUCCCAGCUGAGUUGGUGCAAGAGGAGAAGCUGAACUUGGACGAGAACCAGUGGGAGGACGUCCAUGUCAUCACGGGAGCUUUGAAACUGUUCUUCCGUGAGCUUCCUGAGCCGCUGGUGCCCUUCAACUUCUUCAGCGAUGUGGUGGACACCGUCAAGGUGACGGACCACGCGGACAAAGUGAACCAUCUGAAGAGUGUUGUGCAUAGCAUGCCUCAGCCCAACCACGACACGCUACAGUUCAUCUGCCGCCACCUCAAACGCGUUCUGGAGCACUCAGACGCCAACCGUAUGACGACGCAGAACUUAGGCAUCGUUUUUGGGCCCACGCUGCUGCGGCCCGAGUGCGACAACGGCAAUAUGGCUGUGAACAUGGUGUUCCAGAACCAGGCCGUGGAGCUCAUCCUCAAUGAAUAUGAGCACAUUUUUGGCGGGCGGGCCGCCGCCACCUCUUAGUGAUCGGCGGACCAACGGAGUUUACCCCCACCCCACCCCCUCAUGUUCAUAACGAGAGCGAGACAUGUGGUCGCCAUAUAAAAGUUAGAAGCGUGAUAUAGUCGAACAAGCCUGUCUUUAGCUGCACAACUUUUUUGCCUUUGGACUGCAGAUGUGGAGCCCAUCUGUCACUUGUCCCUUGAUUUUCUGUUUGACUGAAGCCAAGCCAGUGAUAAAUCGUCCCCAGACCCCCCCCCCCCCCCACCCUCACACCCACGGACCACCUUCCUAUUCCUCUCGUGCCACGAAAACAACCAGGACAGAACCGUCACACUGUGAAACACAUGCGGCCGAGUAGUUCUCCCAUAGAGACAGUAGAAACUCUAUAGUAGAUGUUCUACUUCCAAGUUGGCCUAAAUUAUUUUGAAUUGAACAUUUCCCCUGGAACUAAUAUAUUCAUCUUAAGGUUUUUAAAACCUUUUAAGUGACAUGUUAAUAUUUAUAAGUCAAGUCAGACACAAAUACUUAACUGUAUCAGAUAGUAGUUUUUUUUUAUUGUAAGUCAUUGUACUAUUAUGUACAAUUUAAACAUCAACACUGCACUUAAAUAUAAGGAAAUCAAUAAAAUUGCAUUUGAAUCCAAUUAAAAUUCGUUGUUAGGCUACAAAAAAAUGUAAAAACUCUAAAACCUUUAAAACUGUUUAAAAGAUUAACUGUAUUAUACAAAAGUAAAGAAAAUAACGCUAUUGAAAUUUGUACGCGUAUGCUGCAGUUUGAAACUGAUUUAUUUCAGUGAUUCUCUUUCUUACGACAAGAGGGAGCAUGCGUACCACUAGGGUUAAACAUACGUUGAAAAUGACUGUAUGCUAAAAUAAAGUGAAACUAGUCGUCCUUUCAAUAACAAUGUAAUCCAAUUUAUGGAGAAAUUCCUUACAGCAUAAAGCUAAUAUUUCAUUAUGAAACCAAUCACGAAUGCAUCAAUUGUUACAUUAAAUCAAAACUAUUUGAAAUAAGUUAUUCAUCUUGAUAUACGUAUUUCCUAAAUUGAUUUGUUGUGACUCAAAAUACAAUACUUGUAAUAGAAACAAUUUUACAUGAUUAAAUUUAGACGUUCUAAAUGUAUUAAUUUUAAUCAAAUGUACUGGAAGUAAGAGACAAAUGGUAAUUAUUUUAAUUACAUCAAACUAUUCGAAAAACCCAUCCCAGAAUUCCCAAAAUCAAAUGUGACCAAGCAAGUGAGCAAGAAAAGUUUGCCCACCCCUAAUUUAGAUGCUUGGGGUGGGGCUGGGUGGUUCUGACCAUGUGACGUUCACUCUAUGUGCCAACAGGGCCGCCUUCGUGUUCCCUUUUGUGGCUAGGAAUUGUGUUUGUGUGCGAGUGUGGACCUGCGCUUCUCCUUCCAGUACACUGUUAAGAUGGACCUUUCUAUUUUUAUGCCCGGGAGGAGGUGAAACACAUGUACAUAUGUUUAGCCUUUUUCCACUAGAAGGUCUUUAAUGUUCACUUUGAUUCCUUAGAUACAUUUUCCAGUGUUGUGGAAUCACAUGGACCUGUUUGUUACCCACAUAAUAAAAGGCAAUUUUGUCUAA